AUGCAACUUCAUGCGCUUUUGAAAACUCUGGUUAAGCUUCUAAAAAGAGAGGUUUGGCCUACCUUCAGAAUUACUGUACUGUCAAAUAUUCAUAUAAGAUUACAAAGUACAAGCCCUAUGUUAUUUUACCGAGACUUUGGAGACUUUGAGAGAUGUCUAAGUUGGAUACCCCUCCAUUUGCUGCCCUUUUCUUCAAGUUUGUAUUGUCUAUGUAGGGCUGAUGACGAGCCUAUAGAUCCAAAGAAGGAACUUGAAGAGCGGUGCAAGGCACCAUGUACACGGCCACUUAGAGAGUAUCAGGCGUGUGCUAAAAGGAUUCAAGGGGAUGAAAGUGGGAACAAACACUGUACUGGACAGUACUUUGAUUAUUGGCGUUGUGUUGACAAAUGUGUCGCUACUAAGCUGUUUUCUUAUCUGAAAUAACAGUGCAUGACCUCACUGGUAUAAAAUCUCUGGAUAAUGCUCUCGUUUUAUUCAAAACCAAACUUUUUAUAUUAUUUUGUUAUCAGUACAAAUUAAUUGUGCUUGUAACUUGUUAGCAGCCACUUAGCUCUGUGGAAUUUUGAGAUAUCAAGUCCUGAGUAGGUUUAAUAAAACAAAAUUUAUGGAAUUGAGUUUUGUAUGCUUUUGCAUGUAAGAAGUAUUCUAUACAUAGUGCUGGGAAAUUUAUCCACGGCAUUUCACAUGCACAGUAUUGUGAAAGAGAACGAACACGAGUUUUAUCCUCUUGGCAUCACAGCUCUCUGUAAAUUUAUUUAUCUGGGGUUAUUGAAUUGAAACUCAUAGCAGUAAAUCUUAUGUUUGGAUAAAAUGAAAUUUGAAUGGGAUGAAAAACUUUGAUUGA